GAACGGCGAGAAGAAGAUGAUGUGAGAGAGACGACGUGGCAAAUUCCUUUCCUCUCCUUCCCCAUAUGGCCACUAGCUAAGGGGAAGUUCCCGCUUCGUCAGUCGAAUAGCCUCUCUGUUUGAUUCUCCGAAAACCAAAGCAGCAGCAUGGCUAUGGGUGGCUUGAUCUCAAACAGGAACUUGGCUUCCUUCAUCGCCUCAGGAAAUGGUUUUCACAACCAAAGAGGUAUACAUGGCGUUGAGAUUUCCAACAGAGUCAUCUUCCCUAAUGCAUUGUGCCGUAAUCAUCAUCAUCAACCAAGGAAACUUUUAUCUCUGCAAGCUAGUUUACACCGUGAACUGGUGCGCAGGACGAGUUUUGGAUGUUUUCUUCAACCAGGAAACUUGGAGCAUCAUCAUAGUAUUAGGUUUAAGAAGAAUACAUCUCGUCCCUAUUACAAAUCAUCAGAGGAGUCUGAUAUCACAGAAGAAGUUGUAGACUCACUGUCAUCAUCAUCAGCUGAUGGGUCUGCUGAAGCUGUUUUAGUCCAAGGAAAUCUACAAUCCCCAUGGUGGCAGCGCUUCCCUAGGCGCUGGGUCAUCGUCCUCUUGUGCUUUGCUUCCUUCCUUCUUUGCAAUAUGGACCGUGUGAACAUGAGCAUUGCUAUUCUUCCCAUGUCUCAACAAUAUAACUGGAACAGUGCUACUGUUGGCUUGAUUCAGUCCUCUUUCUUCUGGGGCUAUUUACUUACUCAGAUUCUGGGAGGUAUCUGGGCAGAUAAGUUUGGCGGUAAGGUGGUUUUAGGUUUUGGUGUUGUCUGGUGGUCCAUAGCCACCGUCAUGACACCUAUUGCUGCCAAACUCGGUCUCCCCUUUCUACUUGUCGUGCGGGCCUUCAUGGGCAUUGGCGAGGGUGUUGCUAUGCCUGCGAUGAACAACAUGCUUUCUAAAUGGAUCCCUGUCUCAGAGAGAAGCAGAUCGCUUGCACUUGUCUAUAGUGGCAUGUACCUCGGUUCUGUUACAGGACUUGGAUUCUCUCCUAUGCUAAUCAACAAGUUCGGAUGGCCAUCAGUUUUCUAUUCCUUUGGCUCCCUUGGAAGUAUAUGGUUUCUGCUAUGGCUUAAAUAUGCAUAUAGCUCUCCUAAAGAUGACCCUGAUCUGAGUGAAGAAGAAAAGAAGAUCAUACUGGGAGGGAGCAAACCAAGGGAACCUGUUACAGUCAUUCCAUGGAAGCUGAUUCUGUCUAAGCCCCCUGUCUGGGCUCUCAUCAUUUCCCACUUCUGCCAUAAUUGGGGAACAUUCAUACUCUUGACAUGGAUGCCCACAUAUUACAAUCAGGUCUUGAAGUUCAACCUCACUGAGUCAGGGCUCCUAUGCGUCUUGCCAUGGUUUACCAUGGCUGUAUUGGCUAAUGUUGGAGGUUGGAUUGCUGAUACUCUCGUGAGCAGAGGUCUUUCAAUUACAUCCGUUCGGAAGAUCAUGCAAUCAAUUGGUUUUCUUGGUCCUGCCUUCUUCCUGACUCAGCUGAGCCGUGUCAAAACUCCAGCAAUGGCGGUUCUCUGCAUGGCAUGCAGUCAGGGCGCUGAUGCAUUCUCUCAGUCGGGUCUCUACUCUAAUCAUCAAGACAUUGGCCCACGCUACGCUGGUGUACUAUUAGGACUUUCAAACACAGCAGGAGUCCUCGCCGGUGUCUUUGGCACUGCAGCCACUGGCUACAUCCUCCAACGAGGUUCAUGGGACGAUGUGUUUAAAGUAGCAGUUGGACUGUAUUUAAUUGGAACUCUGGUCUGGAACUUGUUCGCAACCGGAGAGAGAGUUCUCGACUAGCUGCAGCAAAAUGGUGUGGAAAAAGCUUUAUAUCUGUGUUUUAUUUCUUCUCUCUGCUUUAAAUUUGAUAUGAUAGUGAGAUCAGAAUGCGAAGUUGUUCGCUGCUCUGUUUCAUAAGGUAACAAGAAGUUAAAAAUCUGUUUUUUUCAACU